AUGGCUAGUGGACGCAAGAGUGAGUAUUUCGAAAUCCCGCUUGAGGAAGGUGAUGCACUAAAAUCACCGAAGUCCCCUUUUACACCACGGGCGCUUACAACACCGAAGACUGCUCCCGCUAGUGCCAGCGAUUUGGCCAAAAAGUUGGAAACAGCAUCAGAGCGCCGUAGCCGUGCUCUUCAGGAAACCGUAGAGAAAAACGAGCAACACGUGCAGAAGGUUACAGCUACCGUCAAGGAUACGAAAGAGUCGACGGAACAUAAGAUUGCAGAGCUGAAGGAGAAUCUGGAAAUGGACUUGGCGUUGAAGGAUAGGCGCCGCCAGCAGAUACUCGAAGAGAAGAUUGGUUCCGCAAAAAAAGAAACUGAGAAAGUAAAAAAGUUACGGUCAUCGCUUAGCGGCACCUUCCAAGAAAAACUAAAAGAAAUAGAGAUUGAUAUGUCGAACAAAGAAAAUAAUCGCAGAUCAAUCCUAUUGAGUGUUAAAGAAGCCUGCAAACAAAAGAUCGACCAUGUCUCGGAAGUACAAUCGCGCCGUUCGCUGAGCACUUCCGCUCAAGAACAGGAAUGA